AUGGAUUGCCAAGCUGCUGCUGAACCGGAUGAUGUACCAGUGGGCAUUCGAUGCUUGACGGGCCACGCUCGACUAGCGGCAUUGCACAAGGCCUUGAUAGCGGGAAGUGCCAAUGUUUCCUCAUACUUGCUUGAGUUACUACCAGAAGCUGCACUCCAUGAGUACAGGCACUCAUUGACUUUUCCGCUGCCCAAGAAUGUGUGCAAGAAAUACAUGUGUGACAACUGGCAGUGUGGACCAUUACCUUCGGCAACGCCUUCGGACGGAGAGCUAUGCUGCUGCAACUUCGGAUAUGGCUUUGCGCAGACAGACGUGUCCUAUCGCCGCGAGCAGCGACUCGUCCAGAAUCUGACCUUCAACGUGUCAUUGCUGGCUGCGGCGGCGGCAGGUGGCAACAAGACAAUUCUUCAACAUCUCUGGGACCAAGGCGUGCAUGCAGACUGCGAUGCCGCACUCGCUGCUGCAGUUUGUCGCAAUCAGACUGGUGCUGUGAGGUUUUUGCUGGAUCGCUGUGAUGGCCAGAAGUUUUCUUACAUGUACCAAGAAGUUCCGUUGGUUGCGUGGGCCGCUGGUCUAGGCUUCUCUGGUGUAGUGAAAGCUUUGUUGUCCAAAGGGGCUUCCACACUGACUCCUUCCAGUAGGUCAGAUUACAACUAUACAGCGCUUGGUGCGGCCAUUCGAUUUGAGGCUGAGGGAGAUGCCCUUGGUGUGGUUCAAGAGCUGCUGCUAGAGGGUGAUGAUCCACAGAAAUUGCUGAAGGCGACUAGUACGUACAAGGGGUUGCCAGCUCUAUUCAUCGCAGUGUCCUACAGCAAGAAUGACCUUGCAAAAGUGCUGUUGGAGAAAUCUGCCGAUCCUGAUCAAGCAGUGACAAGCUCUGGUGAGAGGCCUGUGCAGAAGGCCGCUUAUUGGAAUGGAUUUGGCAUGGUUGAGCUUUUGUGCAGGUAUGGUGCCGAUGUAGAGGUGAGAAACCCACAUGGCAGCACGCCUGCCAUGAUAGCUGCUUACAGAGGCUUUCCCAAAGUUCUCAAUACUCUCAUGAAGAACUGUAGGGCAAAGACUUAUGGCCGUGAUCUGUGGGGGAACACUGCUGCGCAUCUCGCUGCCCAGGGAAAGACUUGGGGUGGCCAAUACGUGAAGGUGUUACAGCUGCUGCGAAAUGAGAGCAGCUGGUGUUUCCAGCAGCGCAACGAUGACGGCCAGAGCAUCUUGGACACGGCAGCCUUCAAGGGACUUACUGAUCGUGUGGAGCAUCUGGUCUCUGCCCCCUUCCAGGACCCAAUGGAUGGAAUCUACCAAGACCCGGUGCGAGCACUACACUGGGCCGUUGAGCAUCCCAUGAUUCUCAAAGUUCUUCUUGAGCAUGUCCCUAGCAACAGAAACCCAGCAGGUUUUGUGGAUGCUGUGCAUGAGGCCGCGGCAAAGGGGCAAGCCAACAGCCUGCAGCAGCUGCAUGAGAAAAGGGCAGACUUGAAUAGCUGGAAGAAUGGAUCAAGGCCUUUGUGUCGAGCGGCUGAGAAUGCUGAGCCCACCACCGUUCUCUACCUUUUGAACGCAGGUGCUCGGUCUGGUGCUCGGUGCUCUGGCAAAUUGCCUCUAGACCACGCAGUCAGCUCACAAGAAUGGUGGACAGAGAAGUGGAAAAAAGCCAAAAACGCAACCAUGCUGCUAGCUCAACAUGUUGAAACUCCAGGCGCCAAAGCAUUGAUUUCACUUCUGGCCGGAGACGCGCCGAGCUUGAACUCUACACUCGAUGUUGGCCAGCUGCUCUGGACCGGUUUGCAUUGGGCUGUGAUGACACGAGACUUGUCCAUGCUACGCCAUUUCGAAAGCUUCGACCAUGCAGCUGGAGCGAAGGACGCGAAGGGACGCACGGCGCUCAGCAUGGCAGCUCGUUUGGGCUUAGUGGAUCAUGUGGAAGCUCUGUCAAGCCAGUCAGACUUGAAUUCUGCAGAUGAGGGUGGCAUGACGCCGCUCAUGUGGGCAGCUCGAGGUGGCCAUGUUCAGGUUUGCAGGAGAUUGACAGAAAUGCCUCAAUUGCAGCCUCUCAAGAAUGAUUCACAAAACAACACCCUCUUGCAUUGGGCAGCCUUCAGCGGCAAAGUGGAGGCGGUCGAUCUCUUCCACAAGGUCCUGAUGAACUGCACCAAUCAUUGGGUCAACAGCGCCAAUAGUUGGAAGGAGACGGCGCUCUUCAACGCUGUUCGCAGCAAAAAAGCCACGUUGGUCCAGCACAUGAUCAAGGAGUUGCACUACGACCCCAAUGUCUCAAAUGCCUUUCUGCAGACACCUUUGUUUGUCGCCCUCCGGCAAUGCACCAAAGAUGUGUGGGAGGAAUUGGCACAUCACACGGAUCUUCAGCAUAAAGAUUACUUGGGAUACCGCAUUGAUGAGAUGCCGGAAUUCAACAGCAAUGUGUGCUUGAAAAGGACAAAGUCGGAGGACUAUUUCAAGCUGGACGUUCCGGUGCCAUCCACUCAAUUCAGCCAGAAGCUGCUUUCCGUCGGGACCAACACGACCUUUCACGGGUACCUCUUCCUGACGAUACUCCUUUCGUUUCUCGUGGCCUGCAUCGUGAAACUUUGGAGCCAUUGGCGAGCUCCACCCACUCAAAGCGCAGGGCUUGAUGCCGAAGAUUCUUCUGCCUCAGAAACUCAUGAGUCAACAGAGUCAAUGGAGUCCUCUAGGUUUAGUAGAGGCUGCGCAGGUUGUGGUCAGAGAGUCCUCGACAUAUCACUCCGUGCUUCCCAAAUUCAAACAGCGGCGAAGCAUUUAGAUCAGACCUUGCAGUGGAAGCUGUACGCAAGGCGUUGCUUGGACGUCGUUGCUGCAGUCGUGUUCCCAACAAUCAUGAUCCGUGUUCUAGGAUGGGAGCACAUGCUGGUCUUGUCGAUUGCAACAUACAUCCUGCCAGCCCUUUGCAAGCAGACGAAAUUUCGGGAUGAGAUUGCAGAACGCCCUGCCAAACUAUUUGGGGUGAGAGACUUCUGGGCUUGGUUGAGAACGGCUUACUUGCUGUUCCAGCUCUUGUGGUGUAUCACAGAGCGUGAUGUCGUGUGGCACGAGCAUGAUCAGGUGUGGCAUGAAACUCACAAGUAUUUGUGGGACCGGCAAACUUAUCCAAUGUCUCAGAUGAAGGAAGUAUCGAAAAACGAACUUUUUCCAAUCCCGUUUCCUCCACUGAAUGAUAGCUGGCCGGUCUUCAGGAUUGCAGUGGCAGUGGCUGUGGCAGCUGGAAGCAUUGGCGGCCUUGUGCUGCUGAAGAACCGCGUGAAGACUAUCUUGCCCAGGGCUUGCGACUGGAACAGGACCUAUGUGCUGGUUGAGGACCCUGAAGAGAACCUUCCCAGUCACGAAGGGAGCGAAGCGACCCAGUGGAUUUCUCCUCGGAAUGCCGCCUUGGGAGUCGCAUAUCUCAGUGGAGCUUUGUUGCUCGCGGGAUUGUGGCCAACGGCUCCAGCUCAGCUACCCAUGUCGUUGGGUGACGUCUUGAUCCUUUACCGUUUCUUGGUGUUGAUGCUCACUUGUCUAUGGGUCGUGUUAGUCAUGUGGAAUCUUUUCGCAGAACACGCUGCCAGCUGCGAGCCAAACACACCGACAACACACGAAAGCCACAACACGUUGAACGAGGUCGCAGAAAGGGUACAUCAGAUUGCCACGCAGAGGCGUGAUGAAGGAGGUGCCCAGGCCGUCAGCCUGGAAGAUGCAGCAUACUUCGAGAGACACUGCAAGCAGCAGACACAUUGGACGUCUUCAAAGAAGCCUUCUUCUGGCUGUUGGACAUCGUGA